AUGCCUACAUCAUCUACCAAGAUCGAUGCCUCACCGGCUACUAAAUCAAACGAUGAGACCACGCCUCUGUUGACCCAUGUAGACCCUACACCCAUAGAUGAGUCUGUCGAUCCUUCACAGCAGCAAGACUAUAUCGAAGAUGAUGAUGAGGACAAGGAUAAGCCAUUACCCAAGGCACAGAUAUUUCUUCUGUGUUAUGCGGUUUGCGCAGCGCCUAUUGCCUUCUUCUCCAUCUUUCCUUAUAUCAACUUCAUGAUCGAGAGGGUAGGGGGCGUGGAUACAGAGGAUGUUGGGUUUUAUUCAGGUUUGAUCGAGAGUCUGUUCAGUGCGACACAGAUGUGUGUUAUGAUUCUUUGGGGAAAGGCUUCUGAUCGAUAUGGGAGAAAACCCGUACUAGUCAUAUCCUUGUUGGGCUUGACCGUUGCUACGGUUCUCUUUGGCUUGAGCAGAACCUUGUGGCAGAUGGCGUUGUUCAGAUGUCUAGGUGGCGUCUUUGCUGGAACAAUUGUCACUGUCCGAGCCAUGCUCUCCGAGAAUAGCACCAAGCAUACUCAAGCACGAGCUUUCAGUUUCUUUGCUUUCGCCAGCAACAUGGGGAUUUUCAUUGGCCCGCUGAUCGGUGGUGCACUCGAAAGCCCAGCGGAUAAGUUUACAUCGACCUUUGGCAAGGUGCAGUUCUGGCAUGACUACCGUUACGCACUACCCAACAUUGUUGUGUCGGCUAUUGCCCUUUCUGCAGCGAUCACGACUAUGCUGUUCGUCAAGGAGACCUUGCAUAUUCACGGCGACAGAAAGAAGACUGCAAAGUCUAACAUGUCUACCCGGGAGCUGAUCAAGUAUCCCGGCGUCAUGCGAGUACUUGUAGUAUACAAUUACGUGAUGCUCAUGGCAUUCACCUUCACAGCCGUCUUUCCGGUCGCCCAGUACACGCCCAUUGACAUGGGAGGUCUUGGCUUCACAACAGAGCUUAUUGCUGCGUGUACAGCGCUGAAUGGAGCUUCUCAAGCAGCCUGGCUGCUCAUUGUGUUCCCUAUACUGCACAAACGUAUAGGUACUGGUCGUGUGCUUUGGCUAUGCGCAUCAGCCUGGCCUGUUCUCUUCGUCGUCGGUCCAGUGUACAACAUCCUACUUCGGUACGGACAUACUACCGUUUUCUGGGCUACUGGUCCACCAAUCAUAGUUCUCGCGAGCGGGGUUUCGAUGGCGUUCACUUGCGUUCAACUCGCACUCAACGACAUAUCGCCUUCACACGAGACACUUGGGACGCUCAACGCUGUCGCACUUGCUGCUCAAAGUGGCAUUCGAUCUGUAGCUCCGGCUCUUGCGACUAGCAUUUACGCCAUCGGUGUCAAGUACCAUAUCCUGGGUGGUCAACUUUUCUGGCUUUGCCAGGUCAUUCUGGCAUUCGGCUUGUUUGGGCUUCUGAAGCUACUUCCUGCGAAGGCAAGAGGGGAUGUGAAACCAAAGCAGUUGAACGGCGGUGUUUGA